AUGUCACAGUUUUGGCAUCUUCUGAAGAAAUCACUUCAUUGCAAACCUCAUUCAUCAGAAGUUCAUGAUCCGAAGGCAAGUAAAAGGACUCAGAGAAAAAUGCAAAGCACCAUUGAUAGUUCAAAUGUCAAACAUGUUAGCCAUGAAAUUCUCCUUGAUAGCAUAAGUGGUGAGAUUAAAAUUUGUCCCCAAGGCAAUGAAGAUGGUAAAGGAGCAAAAGGGUCUCAUCCUCACAGAUCAACCAAGCGAAUUAUACCUUCGUCAAAAACGCAUUUUUUUCAUUGUGAUGAAUGUAAUGUCUUCUCAAAGUCAAAGGGAUCACGGCAAAAAGAUUCUACUACUGAUCCUCCAACAUCAACUCGCAAUUAUAAAGGUGGUGAGAAACUAAAAUCUAUUGACACUGUUGAAGAACGUGAUAUUCCCGAGCAUUCUGUCAUCCAACUUCAAAAAACAGAUUCAUCUUGGAAGAUCAUCGAACAAAUUUGUCACGAUGCUGAAAGCAAGGCAACACAAAUUGAAUGUGUGUUGAAAGUCCAGAACAAGCAAGAAAAAUUUGAUUGCUUUGAGGAAUGUAGAGAAAUGGUAAGGAUUAAUGCUGAAAAGCUACAAAAUGAGCAACCUCGAUGUCUGGUUGAUGGAAAUGAGCUGUUGAGAUUUCAUGGUACAACUAUUGCAUGCUCCCUUGGUGUUAAUGGGUCUUCUAGUUUAUGCACUUUAGACCAAUGUGGUGUUUGUCAAAUUUUGAGGCACGGUUUUUCGGCCAACCAAGAAUUUCAAGGUACAGUUGGGGUUUUCACUACUUCUACAAGUGGAAAAGCCAUUGAUUCCAUUGGCUCAUCCAAUAAAUCGGUGUUGAGAAAAUCUGUUAUAGUGUGCAGAGUAAUAGCUGGGAAAAUCCAUAAUCCUCUGCAAGAGAUUCAAGAAGUGACCCAUUCAGGGUUUGAUUCCGUCAUAAAAAAAAUAAAUGACCUAUCAGAUAUUGAAGAACUCAAUGUUUUAAAUCCUAGAGCUGUUCUCCCUUGCUUUGUGGUAAUUUACAAGUUGUAA